AUGACUCUGAGAUGCUCCCAUCUUCGCGCUCGUCCUGUCUUUCGUAUAGACCUGUCAGCUGCACUGUUCGACGAGACUGGCGGCUUCCUCAACCACAUCCCACGACCAACCGCCCUUCGGCUAAACUCGUCGACUUACAACGCUAAGACUCCUUCGGGGCAGAAUUACACGUCUGAGUCUGAUCGUCUUGGCGGACGAUUGCCCAUCUGGUUGAUCUCGCCUUGGGUUCAGAAGGGCUAUGUUGAGCAAAGAGGCACGAAUAGCGAUGGCUCAACUGCAUCGUACUCUGCGAGCUCGAUGUUGAGGAGGCUUCGCUACCUUUGGGGUUUUGAUCCCAUCAACCCAAGGGUAGAAAAAGCAGCGACUUUUGAUGCAUUGAUACAGAAGAAUGUGAGGACAGAUGCGCCGACGAAGCUGCCGGAUGUUGUGAAGUUUACUGAUCAGCUCGAAUAA